ACCUCUCAAUUAAAAGAACAUUCAACAAGCAUAAACAUCUUCCCUUCAUCGAAAGAAUCGUUUUAAGUUAAUAAUAAAUAUAUGACAAUGAAGAGUCUCUCACUUCUCGCCAUUCUAUCUCUCUUGGCUUUAACACUUCCAUUAGCCAUUGCUUCUGAUCCAAGCCCCCUUCAAGACUUCUGUGUCGGUGUCAAUACCCCAGCAGAUGGUGUGUUUGUGAAUGGAAAGUUCUGCAAAGAUCCAAAGCUCGUCUCAGCGGAUGAUUUCUUCUUGGCAGGGCUUCAAAAUGCAAGAGCUGUCGCUAAUGCAGUUGGGUCGAAUGUGACAGCCGUGAAUGUUAACAACCUUCCUGGGUUAAACACCCUUGGAAUAUCGCUUGUUCGUAUAGACUAUGGAGUGAAUGGACAGAACCCACCUCACACUCACCCGCGUGCUACCGAGAUCUUGUAUGUCGGACAUGGAACUCUUUUUGUAGGAUUUGUCACAUCAAACGGAGAUGGAAACCGUCUCUUCACAAAAACACUCAACAUGGGUGAUGUUUUUGUGUUUCCAGAAGGACUCAUCCAUUUCCAAGCCAAUGUGGGACGCUCUCCAGCGGUUGCUUUCGCUGCUCUCAGCAGCCAAAACCCAGGUGUUGUCACAAUUGCUAACACCGUGUUUGGAUCUAACCCGGCAAUCGAUCCCAAUGUUCUUGCAAGAGCAUUUCAGUUGGAUCCUAAAUUGAUCAUGGAUCUACAGGCCAAGUUCUGA